AUUUAUUGCAAGUGAUCAUGUGAAAAGUUUCGCUUCCAAAACAUAGGCAAGCUUAGGUUUCGGUCUGCAGCAUUGAUAAAUUGGCUGCAGAGUCACCCCUGUUUUCACCUGACAGAUGAAGAACUGAAGACAUGGCUCCAACACUGUUUGAACAUGGUGCAAAGCCUGGAGACCUGAUCGAGAUCUUCCGUGGGACGUAUGAGCACUGGGCCAUCUACAUUGGUGGAAAUGAAGUGGUUCAUUUGAUUCCUCCGUACGAUGAUAUGAGUUCUUUUGGUAGCCUGUUGACACUCCUGGACAGCAGCACAGCACAGGUGAGGCGACAGAAGAUCUGGGAAGUGGUCGGCCGCCAUCAUUUCAUCAUAAACAACCUCCUAGAUGAUGAGUACCAGCCUCGCGAGCGUCAUCUCAUCGUGAGGGAUGCCUGUAGGAUGGUUAGUCGGGUGCUGCCAUACUCUGCCAUCACUCACAACUGUGAGCACUUCGUCACAGAGCUUCGAUACGGCAAGCCAGAGUCUCGACAGGUUAACAGAGCGGCUGUGAUCGGAGGCGCGGCUGUAGCAGGUGUAGGAAUCGUAGCUCUGGGUGCCGCUCUGUUUGCCUCCUUGCUCAAAGAUGACGACAACGAAAGAAGACAUCACAAGUGACAGCAAUGAGACUGAAAGAUUAAAGGAAAGAUCUUACCAUUGUUUGAGUCAAUUCACCUGGCAGAAAUUAUGAUUCAAACAAUGUGAAUAAACUACUGCAUAUGUGCACACUUAAAAAGUUGUCAUUGUUUGUGCAGUGCUUCCAACACACAAAAUCAAGUGACAAGUGACGUAAUCUUAUUUUAAGUAUUGAAUCUAUAAGCUGUAAAUUUACUAUGUUUUUAGGAGCCAUUUAUCAUAUUUUUGCUCUUUCUUUACUGUCUUAUUUUCUUAAUUGUAUAUUUACUGGAUUGAUUUGUGUAAAAUAAAUAG